AUGGUGUGGCUUCAACCAGUGGCCCCUCCUUCCUCUCGUUCUUCCUGUUUCGUUAGAGGCUCUCUUCACUUUUGUCGCGCUCUCUCCGUAGGCUCUGCCCCAAAACACACUUCUCCUCCUUUCAUCUGCAAUGCUUCAUGGCAAGAGCUUGCUGGAGUUUUACUAUUCUCAGCUAUUCCUUUCACUGCCGUCAAAGCUAUAGCUAACAGUCCCCUUGGGGACUCGCUUCAGACCAAAAUGGAACAGACAAAGAAAUUUGCUCUUCAAAACUCCUCCAAAUUCAAGGCUCAGGCUCUAAAAGCAAGAAAAAUGAGCUUUUGGUAUGGAGAAGAUCGGCCUCGUUGGCUUGGUCCUAUUUCAUAUGGAUAUCCAUCCCAUCUUAUUGGGGAACUGCCUGGGGAUUAUGGCUUUGACAUUGCCGGCCUCGCCAAGGAUCCGGUGGCGCUGCAGAAAUAUUUCAACUUUGAGAUAUUGCAUGCUCGCUGGGCUAUGCUUGCAUCUCUUGGUGCUCUGAUUCCUGAGUUAUUACAUCUCUUGGGAGCCUUUCACUUUGUAGAACCUGUUUGGUGGCGCGUUGGUUAUUCAAAGCUCCAGGGAGAUACUCUAGAUUACCUUGGCAUCCCAGGUCUUCACUUAGCUGGAAGCCAGGGAGUGGUUGUGAUUGCUAUUUGUCAAGUUCUCCUUAUGGUUGGACCAGAAUACGCUAGAUAUUGUGGGAUUGAGGCAUUGGAGCCUUUAGGAAUAUAUUUGCCUGGUGAUAUAAACUACCCUGGAGGAGCAUUGUUUGAUCCCUUAAGUCUGUCCAAAGACCCUGAAGCUUUUGAAGAUCUGAAGGUGAAAGAAAUAAAAAAUGGACGCUUGGCAAUGAUGGCUUGGUUAGGCUUCUUCAUGCAAGCGGCAGUGACGGGUAAAGGUCCUGUACAAAACAUUAUGGAUCACAUCUCUGAUCCUUUUCACAACAACUUGUUGGGGUCACUCAAUUCAAUGAAAUUACUUUAG